GCACAGCAGUGGCGCUGACAUGGUAGUGUUUGUGCGUGUGCUGCUGUUACAAGUGUAUCUGGUGCAACAGCUUUGCUGGAAUGUUUAAAAAAAAACUGUCACUGCUGGGUUGAAAAAAGUCCAUCAUCAGACAGCAACCAAUACACUGCAUGGGCAUAGAUGAACUAUGAUCUCAGCACCAGCAAUUACAGGUUUAUCUUCAGCACAGGUUACCAACUCUGGUCCUAGAGUACUCCCUGUCCUUCAACUCAGCAAGGGCUAAGCAAAGGAGAACACUCCAGCACCAGGUUUGGGGACCUGUGAAUUAGCUAGAUCAGCCAUGUGGGUUUCGAUGUGUGCCCGAAAAAACGAAAACAGUCUGAAGCUAUAUAUAUAUAUAUUUUUUUAACCAAACAUACAGACCUGUUUUAAACGACCUUUUGUUUUAUCAACGAGCAAUUAUAAGGUUGCAGAUGUAUUACAUUAAUUGCUACUUUUUAACUAAGUGAAAUUUUGUGAAAGUGAAAAGUAUGAACCCAAACUGAAAUUUCCAUUACAAAGUCGGGCCUGUGAUCAACUGAAAGGAAUGAGAUUAGAGAGAUCAAAGCGCGGACUAGCGAGUCGGGACUAGCGCCAUCUCCGGCCAGGUUGCAAAAAGCACCCGCGAUGACGUCGACGUUCUGGAGCCGCCCAUCAUUCAAACUUGGAGGUGCGCUCUGAUUGGUCGGCGGUGAGUCAUUUGACCAACGGUCGCGGGAAGACUUUGACCACGCUUGUUGUAGGUGGGAGGAGUAGUUCCAGGAGUUCGCCAUUCAAACUACUUUCGUAAACAAAAUUGUCUUUAAUCGGUAUAAUUUUGAAGGCUUUGCGUUUUGUUGGUUUUUGAUUUUUAUCUUUUAACGUCGCACUGUCUUUCGUGAACAUCAGAUUUCGUCUUUAGUGCACUGACUUAUCUGGGGACUUGGGAGACUCGGAGGAGAAGAAGCCAUUUUUUUUUCAAACUUGGCCGCUUUGGUGCUUCGUGGUAACAAGUCAACUUAUUAGUCGGUAAGAGCUUGUCUAACUCGGUUGUGUGGAUAUUGGAGUUGCCUUUGGACUAUAUUGUCGCCAGUCAAACGGCGGAAGACAAGCGGGACUGCUAUUUUAUUAAAGUGACAAGUCUAAGGGAAGUUGUGUUUAGCAGAGUGGCUAGCUGGUUCUAGGCGUCGUUUCGUCUCUACGGGGAGCUCAGAGUCUCCCGUUAGCUAAAGUUAAGUAGUUCGUGUUUGCUAGAUGUGCUUAGCUUCUUAAAUUUCUUUUCUUUAGCCAUUUGACUUGGUUAAUUUAUUGAGAAUAACGUUAGCGUAAUUUUACGCCAGCGUCUGCGUCUUUAGUGGGUUUGUAUAACUCUCAGUAGAGAGUUUCUGCUGGCCGAGAAAAUGAGUUUCGGCUGCCGACGGCACGCAGACUUUUCUCCAAACCUUCGACCAAUUCGCCAGAAAUUGCAGUUUUCAACCAGCGAUGGCGAAGAGGACAGUAUUGAGGAGGCCAACAGCAGCACCGGGGCUGAGUCCGGCUUUACCGAGCUGGAUUCUCCGGUAUCCCUGCGGCGAAACAGCACGGAUAAGAGACCCGACGAGCUGAACAGCAGCCCUCUGAGCCGCACCAGAGAAGACGACGACGCCGAGUCCUGGGACGAGGAAGGCUUCGGCUCUCCGUCUCAGCUCAAAAUGAACUUUUGUAGGAAAAACUCUCCGUCGCCGAGAAAAAGUCCUCGCGCUUACGACAGCUCACCGGAGAGGCCGUGCAUUCAGGACGAUGUGGAGGGCUCGAGCUCUCCCGUUCCUGACUGUCCUGAUACACCACCCCAUAAAACCUUCAGAAAACUGCGGCUGUUCGAUACUCCACACACCCCGAAGAGUUUGCUCUCCAGAGCCAGGACUUCAGCCUCGUCGAGCAGAAGAGUGGCGCUUUUUAAGAAUGUGGAUUCCAAAGGAAAGGCGAGUCUCGACGGAAGGCGAAACCAAACACCUCUGGUCAACAUUAACCCCUUCACCCCCGACUCAGUGGUCGUCCAGUCAUCAACUCAACAAAGAAACAAUAGAAAGCGCUCUCACUGGAAUGACUCCUGUGGAGAGGAUAUGGAGGCGAGCGAUGCUGAGACUGAGGAGGAGAUUAUUCCACCUUCAAAGAGAAUUACAAUGAUGGAGAGUAACAUGAUGUCCAGAUAUGCAUCAGAGUUCCAUGAACUAGAGAAGAUUGGUUCUGGACAGUUUGGCUCAGUGUACAAAUGUGUGAAAAGACUAGAUGGCUGCAUCUAUGCAAUCAAGCGUUCCAAGAAGCCUUUGGCAGGAUCUGUGGAUGAGCAAAAUGCACUUCGUGAGGUCUAUGCACAUGCAGUUCUUGGACAGCACCCUCAUGUGGUCAGAUAUUAUUCUGCUUGGGCCGAGGACGACCACAUGCUGAUCCAGAAUGAGUACUGCAAUGGCGGCACCUUGUCUGAUGUUAUUGCAGAGAACUACAGACGUAUGCACUUUCUGUCUGAGCUGGAACUGAAGGACUUGUUGCUGCAAGUCUCCCGCGGGCUCAAGUACAUCCACUCAACAGCGCUUGUGCACAUGGACAUUAAGCCAAGUAACAUAUUUAUUUCAAGGAAGUCUGCAGUGAGCGUUGAGGAGUUUGAAGAUGAGGAGGAUGGACCCAGCACUAAUGUGAUAUACAAAAUCGGUGACCUAGGCCAUGUGACCAGGGUGACCAAUCCACAAGUUGAGGAGGGUGACAGUAGAUACCUGGCUAAUGAGGUUCUUCAGGAGGACUAUAGUAACCUGACGAAGGCAGAUAUCUUUGCUUUGGCUCUGACUGUUGUCAGUGCAUCUGGGGCUGAGCCUCUGCCAACCAAUGGGGAACAAUGGCACAAAAUCCGACAGGGAAUCCUACCCCAUAUCCCACAAGUGCUCUCUCAAGAAUUUUUAAGCCUAUUAAAGCUUAUGAUUCAUCCUGACCCCACACGCCGGCCAUCGACCUCUGACCUCAUCAAGCACCCUGUUCUGCUGACCGCCUCCAGGAUGAAUGCUGAUCAGUUGCGUGUGGAACUUAAUGCAGAGAGAUUCAAGAAUGCCCUGCUCCAAAAGGAGCUGAAAAAAGCCCAGCUUGCCAAAGCUGCAGCAGAGGAGAGAGUUCUGUCCACAGACAGAGUCCUGACACGUUCCACAAUCCAGUCUAGUUCCAGAAGCUCUCGGCUUAUUGGGAAAAAGAUGAAUCGCUCUCUCAGCCUCACCAUUUACUGAACUGAAAUUAAAUAAAUUUGACAGAGAAGAGUGUCCCUCCAUUGGGAGGAACAUUGAUGCUGUAUCACAGAUUUCACAUGGAUGCUCUUUUGUCUAUUACUGGUUGGACAGCUUGCAUUGUCUCAUGACUGUUUGUGCUUACACUGUUCUGAUACAAGCGAGAUGGUUUUGAAUGGAAGAAAACCAUACUUUUCAUAGUAAUUGAAAAUCUCAGUUAAACAUCUCUGUCAGUUUGUACUGGCCAUAGACUGCUUUUUAUUGCAUGGUCAAGUUCCCUUUGCAGAAUUUCAGUUUUGCAUAUUUCUUCUGUAGAUAUUUCUUAAGGUAGAGAACUUCCUUAUUGUUUUGUUUUCCUUAUCUCUUCUCCAACUUUCACAGAGGAAGGUCUGCUUGUUGGUCAUGGGGUAACUAUGAACCUCUAUAGAGACCUCAUGUGUGAAUGUUCCAGAUCUGAGACUUGUGCACCUUACUGCCUGUAAAAUGCCUUAUGUCGAGCAAUGAAGGUUGGGCCCUAUGUGUCGAUUACCAUUAAACUGAGCACUUUGGAGGCAAUGGGGAGCUCGCCAGAAAGCCUGCUGCUAUUCAUGUUUGUCCAUUUCCAGUUGUGGUUGGAAUAUUUGAUAUACAUUUUUAUCAUUAUUCUUUUUCCCCCUGCCUUAAUCAUUGAUCUCUUUUGCUAUACAGACUUUUCAAUAUAAUUUCCUUUCAGGUUAUGUAGAGUUCUUUACAGAAAUCACAUGUAUGCAUUUGGUUUUUCAUUUAGAAAUGGUGUUGAAUUGAUCAUGUGUACAUGGGAUUUGGUUACAUUUAGAAACUGCAACUUAAGCUAAAUUCAUAUCACCAGUUGAAAUAUUUGCUUAGACUGAAAUCAAAAGACUUCCACUUCAGCCUCAGUCCUGUUUGUAGCAUUAAAACAAUUGCAAAAAAAACCCUUUUUUAGCUUUACGUUAUCAGUUAACAAGCCAUCAUCCUAUUUGUCUGUAUUGCCACUGUACUAUUUUUAGGGUACUCUUUGGUUUCCCUCUUAGAUCUUGUACCAUAGAACAUCGCCUUGUUUUUUUUGUAAAUAUGUUCUUUUAAUAAACUAGAUCAACACAUCA